AUGUGUUCAUCCAUUCUGUCGCGGGCUCAGAGUUUGCUUCACUCUCUAGACCAGAGUAUAAUUUCAUUUGGCAGUCUCCUAUACAAAUAUGCAUUUAAGUUUUUUGACACGUACUGCCAGCAGGAAGUGGUUGGUGCCUUAGUGACCCAUAUCUGCAGUGGGAAUGAAGCUGAAGUUGAUACUGCGUUAGAUGUCCUCCUAGAGUUGGUAGUGUUAAACCCGUCUGCUAUGAUGAUGAAUGCUGUCUUUGUAAAGGGCAUUUUAGAUUAUCUGGAUAACAUAUCUCCUCAGCAAAUAUGAAAACUCUUCAAUGCUCUCAGCAUGCUGGCAUUUAGCAAACAGAAUGAAGCCAGCAGUCACAUCCAGGAUAACAUGCACUUGGUGAUAAGAAAGCAGCUCUCUAGCACCGUAUUCAAGUACAAACUCUUCGGGAUUUUUGGUGCCGUCACCAUGGCUGGCAUCAUGGCAGCAGACAGAAGUGCAUCAUCUAGUUUGACCCAAGAGAGAGCCAACCUGAGCGAUGAGCAGUGCACACACGUGACCUCCUUGUUGCAGUUGGUUCAUUCCUGCAGUGAGCAGUCUCCUCAGGCCUCUGCACUUUACUAUGAUGAAUUUGCCAACCUGAUCCAACAAGAAAAGCUGGAUCCAAAAGCCCUGGAACGUGUUGGGCAUACCAUCUGCAAUGAUUUCCAGGAUGCCUUCAUAGUGGACUCCUGUGUUGUUCCAGAAGGUGACUUUCCAUUUCCUGUGAAAGCGCUGUACGGACUGGAAGAAUACAACACUCAGGAUGGGAUCACCAUCAACCUCCUGCCGCUGCUGUUUUCUCAGGACUUUGCAAAAGAUGGGGGUCCGGGGACUUCACAGGAAUCAGGCCAAAAGUCAGUAUAGCUUUUCUUUUCUAAACCUGUUCGUGUUUUGAAUGUUCAUGGGGAAUUCCACAGUUCUUGGUGGGGAACUUGAGUCAAAAAAGUUUCUCUCAGGACAAAUGGUAUUUGGAGAGCUUAGGGAGGAUGCGGCAGAUUCCUUGGUUUUUCUUGGACCCUUGGCUUGAGAUUUAUAUUGCCUUGUGUGAGCCAACAGAUAUUCUGAGAUUACUUUCUCAGCCUGAUGUCUGGACCCCGCUGUGCCUUGCAGUGCAGCUCCAGAGACUAAAUGCUGUCUUCUUCUACUGCAGGUUGUCCACCCGGCCGGAGGUGGCCACUAUCAAGCUGCUUGGCCUGGACAGGCAGCAGUGCUCCCAGUAGGCGGUGGUGCAGGCCCGCCUGACCCAGCCUGCCUGCCUCACCAGCAUCAUCUUUGCAGAGGACAUCAGUAAGGGCUGAGUGCCCUUACAGGCAUAAGCCACCUCGCUCAGCCUAUUUGUAAGGUUUUUGAUACAUGGGACUGUAUUGCUUUCCAACAAAACAAUGUUAACAAUGCACAAGUACCUGGAGAAGAGUCAGAAAAAUGUUGUAUCCUGCUGCUAUGCUUACAUUUCAGAAUUCCCCAGGUAAUGCCAUUUACGUACCUUUUUAUGGAGCGAGUAAAAAACAUCUGUUUGAGUGUCCAUGCGCCCCUUCUACAAUAUACUUGAUAAUCACAUAAAUACACCAUCAUAGGCUGGGCGCAAUGGCUCACACCUGUAAUCCUAGCACUUUGGG